GCAGAGAGGCAACACAAGCCGCAAUGUACAGUCAUCUGCCGACCUGCCGUUAGGGUUCUCGUCCAAGCAUUUCGCUUCAGCAUCCUCACAUUUUCCUCCUAAUUGCUUUCUGCGCGGAUAGAUGAGCCUAUGAAGCCUUCAACCAGGUGUUUGGAGCUUCUAAAAAUAAUCCCCAAAGGAAAAAGAAAAAAAGCAGAAAACAAUUUAAUCAAUUCCGAUUUCUUGCGGGGGAAGGGGCAAGGGAAAGAAAGGCUCUGGAAGAAACAAGAUCGCCCAGAGAUAGCGGUUGAAUUGGCCAACGUCGUCGCUCAAUUUGGCUUAAUUGACUCCGGCAGUAUGCCAAGGACGCAUUGGCAAUAUCUAAGUCGGUACAACGAGCAAACAAAACGCGUGACGGUGACGUGUGGGGUUGUGCUUGCCAUUUUAUGUGUGCGAGGGUGCGUGUGUAUGUGUAUGUGUGUGUGUGUGGGUAGUAGGAGGCAAGAUCAUCACGAGAGGGCAGCAGGACAUGAGAUAAUGGCAAGGAUGAGGGGUGUUGAGUGUGGUGGUGGAAGAGACGAAAUUUCUGGUGAUGAUGUGAUCAGUGAAGUGAAGACGACAGCGAUACACAGACAAGUAUAUAAGACGACGCCACCGCCGGCAUUGAACCGAUAUUAUCACCAUCACCAUCACCAGCUCCAAUAGCUUCAUCAGACACGAGUAUUAGCUCCCUCCUCAGUUCUUCAAGCCACAUCUUUCUCAGCACAGGGCCUCACCACCGGCGCCUCACCUAAACAUCACCAAAAAUGAAGUUCCAGGCCAUCCUCAUCGCCACCCUCUCGGCCACCGGCCUCGCCUCCCCCGUCCCUGAGCCUCAGGCCAAGCCCAAGUUCGUCCAGGCUUACACCCUCCGUCUCUCCUCGCGCACCCCCUCCCUAGACGGAAAACCCCUAACCCUCUCCAACACAACCCUCGGCAUCUUCCCCUCCUCCCCCUCCACCCCCCUCUUCUACCCCAUCCGCAACCCCCAAACCAACCUCCUCGAGCUGCAUUCCCCCCAAACCUCCUCCGCCCUCGCCCUAGUAGGCACCCACGGCCUCCUCUCCCUCUCCGCCGUCCCCAACCCGGCCUCCGUCACCGUCCCCACCGGCACGACCCUCGACUGGCAAAACUUUGACCUCUCCGACGACGUCUCCGCCGGCUCCCUCACCUACGCAGGCAGCACCAAGGACGGCUCCUGGGUCGCCUUCCCCGUCGGAAAGGGUCAGGCGGGCGAGUGGGCCGUCAAGUGGAAGGACGUCACCGCCACCACGACCCAAAACUACAUCCCCGUCAAGGUUGUCUACGAGGUUGUCGAGGGGUUCCACAUUACUGCUUAGAUGUAUAUAUCAGUGAAAAAAAAAAAAAAAACAGGGGAGGUGGGGGGCGGUUAGCUUGCCAAGAGGAUGAUGAAUGAAAGUUGGUGUUGUUUUGUUUAUUUAGGGACCC